AUGGCGAAUGUGCGCGAGCGUGAAAAAAUCGCGAGGGAGAUCGAGAAGACGAGCGAGUCGAUCCGCAAGAAACAUCGCGCUCUGAAGACCGGUAGAAUCGAGGAGGGCAUCGCGUUGGACAUUUUAAACCUCUUAUCGAGCCGCUGCAACUUUUCGUCGACAGCCCCAGCGUGCGCGCUACAAAAAGAGAGUCGCGCAACGACUGCCUCUAAACGUGAGAGGAAGGAGGAAGAAGAACAAGAGAAAGAGGGAGAAGAAGCGAACGAGAUGUUCGAGCGUUCCACGACUCUGCAUAAAUCCAAUGAUCGAUCGCACGAUCAUGUACAGCCAAUAACUUUCACACCGCGUGCCAAAAUCAUACCGAUGAUAGAGUUGUUGGAGAACGUUUUCGGAACGACGAAAAACUCGCUAUCGACGAAAUUCAAAAUCAGCUGCAAACGUCGAAAGAUGCGUUACGAGCUGGCUUGGGCCCGCUGGGGCAAAAGGUCGAUUAUUAAGCAACAGGGGAUACAAGUACACGUAAUCGCGCCGAUGAUGUCGAUCACACCCAAGAAACAGAAGAAGAAAUCUGGAAAGGGAUUACCUCAUGCAAUGACAUUGAACGACAACGCGAUCGAUUACAAGCACUGGGAUGAACCCAACGAGCUGGUGGAUCGUCUACAAUUGCUCGACGCUUCGCACCGAGCGCUCCCGACAACGAGAGGCUGUCGAUCAUCGAGGAACUUCGCGAAGCUGAAAUCUGAGAAACAGAGAGAGAAAAUUAGCCCCGAGAGAUGUCGAUUCAUCGAGGAAUUGCACGCUUCUGCGAGAAGAAAUUUUCCGCGAAGGCGCAUCAUAGUUCGAGGAUACGACGAUCUGUGGCAGGCUGAUGUCGUUGAGAUGCGCCCGUACUCGGGUUUCAACAGAGGCCACCACUACAUACUCACCGUCGAUGUGUUGAGCAAAUGCGCGUGGGCCGUACCACUCAAGAGCAAGGGUGGAAGCGAUACAGCUAACGCUAUCGCUCGACUCUUGGACACGGUGUACAGCGCGAUAAAGAUCGCGGGUCCUGCAAAAUUCAAAGUAGGCGAUUCGGUACGCGUGAGCAAGUACAAGACGAUUUUUGAGAAAAGUUACAUGCCAAAUUGGACCACCGUGUUUACGAUCGUUAAGGUGCAGCGUACCAAUCCUGUAACCUAUUUACUUGAGGAUAUAUUGAGGAUUUAUCGCGGAAAAUCCAUCGCUGGAGCGUUCAAUAUGAUCCAGAAACUAAGCGUCAAAAUGCGGAAUGGAAGUCAAAAAAUUCACCACAAGCAAAAAGAGUACGAAAAGUUCCAUCAAAAAUCAAGACAAUGCUCAUCACAUUCUUUGAUAGCAAAGGUAUUAUUCACAAAGAGUUUCUACAAGUACGAGUUGCAUCGCGCUACUCAUCCGGACGUGUAUCUCGUGGAGAAAGUACUGCACAGGAAGGGAGACAAGGUGUACGUCAAGUGGCUGGGAUUCGAUGGAUCGCACAAUUCAUGGAUACACAAAAACAAUGUUAUUUGA